AUGUCAACGAGAAGGAGCGCCAGAAUUCGGAACAUUGACUUGGGAGUCACUGCUGGACCAGCUAAACCUGCACCUACGCCUGCGGCUGCUGCCCCACCAAAGAGGAAGCGCAAAGCCCCGGCUGAAGACGACAAAGAUGAGCCGGCAGCAAAGGGGAAGAAAGCACCGGCGAAAAGGGUAAAAGCGACGAUAUCUGCCAAUAGAAAGGCAAAAUCAAAGGCCAAUGCCAUACCCGAGAUUGAGACUCAAAAUGAGAGGGCGACAAUCCAUGAUGAUGUCUUGUCAGUCCUGCCGGCCGAGAUCCUCCAACAGAUCCUCGAAAGCGUCAAUGACCCAAAAAGUAUGGUCAAGCUGGCCUGUACCUCCAAGCGAUACUAUGCCCUCGUAAUGGCCAUUAUCCACAAACGCAUCUCCGUCUCAACAUCCUUCUGGGCCCAUAUCCCCCACGUCAUCCGUCGCAUUGAACCCCAUCUAAGCAUCGCCCAGAAGAAACAGCUCAAGAGAGAGGGACAGUACAAAGGUCAACAAGAGAAGUUCUCAACUCGUCUUGAUCCAAAUGCUGUGCCUCCUUGCGCUAGUAACGUCAGGCAGAUGAUCAUUGGAAAGAUUGAUCCCGGCAAGAGGCAUAAGCCUCUCGUAUUGAGAUAUUUCGAGGAGGUUCUUAAAAACCUCCAUAACUUAGAAGUCUUUGAUGCAGAGGACCUUACUGAGCAAGUCAAUCCCCACAUAUCCAAGCUCAAAUCUAUACGACUCCACCCUUACGAACAUUCCAUAAAGUCUGAAGCUGUGAUUCCACUCGCUAAACUCCAUAAUCUCGAGCACAUCUGCAUCGAAGAUAGGUCUUGGGACCCAAUCGCUGUAACCAACGAUAGACCCUUACAGAGCAUGUUGCUCAACUCCCUAUCAACCAUUCGGAGCCUGGAGGUUCGAACAGCCCAAUAUUACUCUGACUUUUUAGGCGAUUGGGAAGGCAAGCUCAAAGCCCGCAAACCUGAUGCGUUGGAGCAAGAGUAUGGUUUCACGGCGCUCAAAUCACUGACUUUACAUGGGAUAAGCUUCAGUGGUGAGUUCUGUAAAAAUGUCAUGCCGAACUUCACAAGAGCUUUUGAUUUUCUCAAGCUGAGGGAGCUUAACCUCAUGGAUCUUGAAGAGGGACAACUGACGUUCUUUAAGCAUCUCGAGGAUCUGUUUAGCAAAGCAGAUAAGCGUGACAUUCACCUACGAAAAUUGUGUUUGAAGAUGAAAGGACCUGGGCAUAAUUCAAGCUACGCCGAAACAGAAGUCCAUCUUGAAGGAAUGUAUCGAUUUAUCUCAGCAUUUGAUUCAUUGACCAGCUUGGAGAUACAUGACUACAACAUGUACAACUCGGCAGUGCAGUCCAAUCCCGGCCUAUCGAGACGAUUGCUGCAGUCUGUGGUGAAGCAUACUGGGCUGGAAACACUGCGCUUUCAUUAUCGACACAUGGGUAGUGAGUCGUGGGAGAUCCCGUUUGCCUCAGCUGAGACUGUGAAUAUCUUAACCAAGAACCUACCUUCUCUACGGGCCUUUGAGUUUGCGCCCCAAGAAGAUAACCUUGAUGCAAUGGCCCGCGCUCUCUCACGCGCCAAGAACUUAACAACUCUUCUUUGUCCCAACUAUAAAAGCUAUUACUCAGAUCGAGAAAACGCCCACUUGACGUUUGCUAAAAAGCUGCUCGGGGGAUAUCUGGAGAACGCUGGCAGCUGCGAGAAAUUCAUUUGGGAGAAGCAUUACAAGCUUGGACACAUCACUAUAGGCUGGACAGACUUGCGAAUUGGAUCCGGACUGAAGCCAAAGAAGAAUUUGGAAAAGCCUGUGAAGAUCGAGAAGGUGGAUCGUGUGGUGAUGGUCCAGGAUAUGCGGCCGAAGAAGUGGGGAGACUCUAAGCAGGAGUAUUACACUGCUGAUAGUCGAUGGGUGGAUCAUGUUUCGCGGCCAGAUCGUCGCGAGGGACCGUUGCAGCUUGUGUAUGAUGAUUGA